GAGUCAUGAGCGACAGCGGCGAGCAGAACCACGGUGAGCGGGAAUCCCGUUCUGCUUCCAGAAGUGGAAGUGCUCAUGGAUCUGGGACAUCUGCGAGGCAUACCCCUGCAAGGUCUCGCUCCGAGGAAGAUUCCAGGCGUUCCAGAUCAAAGUCCAGGUCCAGAUCUGAACCUAGGUCUAGAUCCAGGAGAAGUUCUCGAAGGCGUUAUUAUACAAGAUCACGAUCUCGGUCUCGCUGCCAUAGACGAUCCGGUAGCAGGUCUGGCAGUCGAGACUACCGGAGGCGUCCCAGCCACGGUCAUUUUCCCAUGUCUACUCGCAGACGUCAUGUGGGGAAUCGGGCCAAUCCUGCUCCCAACUGUUGUCUUGGAGCAUUUGGAUUGAGCUUGUACACGACAGAAAGAGAUCUCAGAGACGUAUUCUCUAAAUAUGGCCCCAUUGCUGAUGUGACUGUGGUCUACGACCAGCAAUCUAGACGUUCAAGAGGGUUCGCCUUUGUGUAUUUUGAAAAUGUAGAUGAUGCCAAGGAAGCAAGAGAGCGCGCCAAUGGAAUGGAGAUCGAUGGACGUAGAAUCAGAGUUGAUUUCUCUAUAACAAAAAGACCAUAUUCCCCAACACCAGGAAUUUAUAUGGGGAGACCUACCUAUGGCAGCUCGCGCCGUCGUGAUUACUACGACAGAGGAUACGAUCGAGGCUGUGAUGACCGGGACUACUACAGCAGAUUAGACAGAGGUGGUGGUGGAGGGCGAGGAGGAUGGAGGGCUGCUCAAGACAGGGAGCAGGUUUACAGAAGGCGGUCACCUUCUCCUUACUAUAACCGUGGAGAAUAUAGAUCGCGUCCCAGAUCGCGAUCAUACUCACCUCGUCGCUAUUAAAGCACGAAGUGGAAGGCUUUCUGAAAUCUACUUUAGAGUUUGCAUAUUGUUUGUGGACAGUAUUUUUUAUUGUCUCCUGUUUAAAAAGUGAACAGUGCCUAGUGAAGUUAGGUGACUUUAUUGUACAAAACUUCAUUGAAAGGGUUUUUUCCUACUGAAUCCAGGGUAUUCUGAAGAUCAAAGCCUGUGUGUAAAAUGCUACCAAAUGGCAAAAAGCAACAAUAAAGUUUGAUUUUU